AUGGGGUGUUUUCAGUCCAAAACUGCGAACGUUCAGUCCCCAGACCAAGAACCUUCACAACCGGAGUCUAAACCAGAUCCGGACCAAUUGGAUCAAGAUCAAGUGCCUUCAUUCAAGGAAUUCAGUCUUACAGACCUGCGAGCUGCAACAAAUGGUUUCAGUAGUGAAUUGAUAGUUUCUGAGAGUGGGGAGAAAGCCCCCAAUGUUGUUUACAGAGGGAAGCUUCGAAGCAAUCGGCUGGUUGCCAUUAAGCGCUUCUCAAAGCAGUCGUGGCCUGACCCACAACAGUUUGUGGCGGAAGCUGCUGGGGUUGGCAAAGUACGACAUAAGAGAUUGGUUAAUCUGAUUGGAUGUUGUGCUGAGGGAGAUGAGCGUCUAUUGGUGGCAGAAUACAUGCUCAAUGAUACUCUCUCAAAGCAUCUCUUUCAUUGGGAUAAACAGCCAUUGCCAUGGGACAUGCGUGUGAGAAUUGCUCACCACAUAGCUCAAGCUCUCGAUCAUUGCAAUCUCGAGAACCGGAAGAUCUAUCAUGAUUUAAAUGCGUACAGAGUUCUUUUUGAUGAGGAGGGUGACCCCAGAUUAUCUAGUUUCGGUCUAAUGAAAAACAGUAGAGAUGGGAAGAGUUAUAGCACCAAUCUGGCCUAUACUCCACCUGAGUUUCUGCGUACAGGCAGGGUCAUUGCUGAGAGUGUGAUCUAUAGUUAUGGAACUGUUCUGCUGGACCUUUUGAGUGGAAAGCAUAUCCCUCCAAGUCAUGCAUUGGAUUUGAUCAGGGGGAAAAAUGUGUUGUUACUGAUGGAUUCAUCCUUGGAAGGACAAUAUGCAGAUGAAGAUGCUACUGCAUUGGUUGAACUUGCUUCAAAAUGCCUCCAAUAUGAGGCUAGAGAUCGACCUGAUAUCAAUUUUCUUCUUACUGCAGUGGCACCCCUUCAAAAGCAGAAAGAGGUUGCAUCACUUGUUUUGAUGGGUCUGACAAAAACUCCAGUGGUGCUGCCAACCAUGCUUUCACCUCUUGGAAAAGCUUGUGCAAGGAUGGACCUUACUGCAGUACAUGAUAUUUUGCUUAAAACAGGUUAUAAAGAUGAAGAGGGUGCAGAAAAUGAGCUGUCGUUCCAAGAAUGGACACAACAAGUGCAAGAUAUGUUGAAUACAAAGAAAUUUGGGGAUAUUGCGUUUAGGGACAAGGAUUUUAAGAGUUCAAUUGACUGCUAUUCAAAGGUAUUAUGGUAUGAGAAAGUCAGCUUUCCAGGAGUCAUACAUAUGCUAUGAUCAAUGCAAGCGAUGUAAUUGGGGCCUGUAUAUUCAUCUGAUUACGUUAUAUCCAACCCCCAGCGGAAUGUCCUUUGUGCAAGUCUUCGAAUAUAAAUGCUUCAUGUUGAUAACUUUGCUGCUCUAUUCCUGACCUUAGCCACAUUUCAUUAAGAGGAAUAUCACGAAUGACUUUGAAAGGGAAACAACUGGAGUUGCAUUUCUUGUUUCUUUCACUUGCCAUACUUUCCAUUGGUAUCAUUGAUGUCUGUCCCUUCUGGUACUGUGUUUGUGAGGCGAGCCCUCUCCUACUUGAUGAUUGGCCAACCAGAGCUUGCAUUAAGGGAUGCUAUGCAGUCUCAGGUGUGCUUGCCUGAGUGGCCUACUGCCUUCUACAUGCAGGCUCUUGCCCUCUCCAAACUUGGAAUGGAAAUAGACGCCCAAGACAUGCUUAACGAUGGUGCAUCCUUUGAAGCGAAGAAGCAGAACAGUUGGCGUAACUGAUUUAUGAUUGGCAAGUAGAAAAUCCCAGAACCCUGGUUCUUAUAGUUCCGAUCAAUACAAUGCAAAUGGCUGAAAGGAGAUUCCAACCUGGGCAAAUUUGAUUGGUAAAUUAAUUUAGUUUUUGCCCGUCUUGUGCUUGUUUUAGCCAUUUCUUCUUAUUUCUUAUCCAUAUUGGAAUAGUUAUAUGGCUCGGAAACUAGUCAUCGAGUGUAUCCAUCCGUGCUUUGAGUAUGUUCACGAGUCUCCAGUGACUGCUAUAGCAAAGAAGAAAGCAUCUGUGAUUGAUGCAGAAGUACAUUGCAAGGUAGUAUAGUUCAAGCUGUAGUUUUUCUGGAGAGAUGAUGAAUGAUCAUAUGCCAAAGUGAUAUGUUUCGGGUUUGAGUUUUG